GUUUAAAUAUGUUACAAAUAUAUGUAUUAUUUUAAAUUUUUUAACAUUGAAACCUAAGAAUAAACACAAUUUAAAAUUAACAAGUGUUUCUGAUAAAAUAUAAUAAAUAAUCGCAAUACAGCGAAAUUUUAUUAAUAAUGUUUGUAAUUAUCAUAAUGCACUUCAAAUCAUAGUGCAAAUCAAUAUACAUAUAUACGUGUAAACAUGGCAAAUUUUGAAGAAGAAGGAAGUGUAAGUGACAAAGAAAAUCCUCAGGAUUUUCAAGAAGAAGUUGAAAAUAAUGCUCGUAUUGAUGAAGAACAAAAGGAGAAAUUAGUAAAAUUGCCGUUAGGUAGAAUAAAAACAAUUAUAAAGAUGGAUCCUGAAGUGAAUAUGGUUAACCAAGAAGCUGUUUUCCUAAUUACGAAAUCUACGGAACUUUUUAUUGAUUCUCUUGCUAAAGAAUCAUAUAAAUAUACAGCACAAAUGAAAAAAAAGACAAUACAAAAGAGAGAUGUAGAAAGUGUAAUUAAUAAUGUUGAUGCUCUUGUAUUUUUAGAAGGAAUGCUAGAUUAAGAUUUAAUAAAUAUAUAUAAGUAUAAUAACAUUAUUUUUGUAUGUUGUUAAUAAAAUUUCAUAACUAUAUUGAAUAAAAUUAUAUUCACAUAUAAAAUUUCAAUUUUCAUAUUUCUAUACAUAAUAUAAAUAUUUGUAAGACGAAUGAA